AUGUCCCAAAACCCGUCUGAGGACGUCAAGGACGAUGUCCUGCUGGCGUGCCGAUACGGUGACCUCGAAGACGUUGAAGCUUUCGUGAAACAGUACGGAACUUCUGCGCUGGCGGAUGUGCGCGAUGAAAACGGGAGCACCAUUCUCCAUAUGAUCGCUGCGAAUGGACAUCAAGAUCUAUUGAAUUAUCUUUUACCCCUCCUACCACCGACGCUUCUCUCUGUGCAAAACGAAUCCGGAUCGACACCAUUACAUUGGGCUGCGCUAAAUUCACAACUCGAAAUCGCACAGAAGCUUGUACAACAGAUAGAUGGACCAGGAAGGGACUUGAUUGACAUCAAGAACAAGGCUGGGCGUUCGCCGCUCGGUGAAGCCGAGCUAGCAGGAUGGGAGGAAGGCGCGAAGUGGUUUGUUGAGGUGAUGAACUUGGACGCUGAUGGUGCAAAGGAGCAGCCUGCGGAUGAGGACGCCGUCUUGGACACGGAGGACGGAAGCAACCGAGAUAUUGAAGUCGAAAUAGAAGACGCCGAGGGCCAAGUUGCGAAGAUGAAACUGUCGGGCAAGCAGAUUAGCAGCGCCUCACAGGCCUCCAACACUUGA